AUUCUACCGGAAGUACACGGCAGUCAUGUUUUGUAAAUAAACUGUUCGACUUUUACAUUGAUUUGUAGUCUUAUGGCAUUCGGUUUAGAAAGGGUACGAUUGUAAUUUGCACAUAUUUAAGUGCUCGAUGAAUCUGGUAAAGCAUUAGUUUAGGAAUUUUUAUUUGUAGAUAUAAACUUUAACUAGGCACAACACUCCAUUGGUACCGCCAUUUAACCUCCAUAAUGUGGGAUGUUGAGAUCAGGGGCAUGGCAUCGGCUCAUGCCAUUAUUGCCUCCUCCAUCUUCAUGGCAACUGUGAUGCCUGCUGUGUUUGUGGAAAACUUCUCUGUUUAUGGGACCCACAUGGUUUGGCUGUAUUGUGUGGCUGGAUCUGUUGCUGUGGUCAACAUCGCAGUGUUUUGGCUUCUUGGCAUCAGCCCACCAACAAAGAAGAACACGCUGAGCUACAAGAUCAACAGAUUGUUCAAAUCCUGUCUGUACUUUGUACUGUCAUGCCUCUUCUUUCAUACUGUGGUGGUACUAUACGGAGCACCUUUGCUUGAGUCAGCUCUGGAGACGUUUUCUCUGGCCGUGCUGCUGUCCACACUCACUACAUUGAGAUGUCUCUGUAUCCUGGGUCCUAACGUACAGGCUUGGAUCCGGGUUUUCAGCCGAGAUGGGGCGAUGUCAGUGUGGGACACCUCUCUUCAGAUUACCACUGGCUGUAGUGUGAUUGGGGCCUGGUUGGGAGCUUUCCCUAUUCCUCUCGACUGGGACAGACCGUGGCAGGUUUGGCCCAUCUCCUGUACCCUUGGGGCAACUACUGGAUUUCUGACUGGUCUCCUCGCUGCUCCUGUCUGGAUCCACUGGCAUCGCAAACAGCUCACCUACAAGCUCAAGUGAGGAAAAGGAGGACACAAUCACAGGCCACCAGGAACUGAGAGAGAAAGAGAUCCAGGCUGGAGUCAAAAACCGACUGUCCGUCCCAGUACAUGCUCUAAGAAAUGCUGCCUGACUCUGAGGUCCCAUUUACAACAAUAAAAAAAUCUGUUGUUUCGGUGUUUGUUUUUUGUAGAAUAGAUAUUGAAUUUGAUGUAUGCUCCUAAUGGCAGUAUAUUUAUUCAAUCAUUCCUCUCGUUCUUCCUGUAAAUAAAGCCAGUAAUGACUUGAGACAUUUUGUAAAAAGCAAGUAUUUCGCAACCCAAAUUGAGAUGCUGAGUUUCCCUUUUUGAAGAAAGUCUUGCUUCUGUAAAUGACCG